AUGAUCCGGACAGAGCAGGAGGAGUUUUACAUCGAGCCGUUGGAGAGAGGGCUGGAGGUGGUGCAGGAGGAGGCAGCAGGCGGCGGGAGGACCCACGUCGUGUAUCGGGCAUCAGCCGUGAAGAAGCCCCCAGUGAGCCGGGGGGCCGCGGACCUCCACUCCAGAGGCCGUUUGUUUGUGCGCGUGGAUGUGGAUGUGGAGGGAGGGGCCUAUGGUGGGGCUGUCUGUGGAGACUGCACUGUUUAUGCUGCCAGAGUCUGUCGUGUCCCGGGACGCAGACGUGCCCAGACAGAUGGAUGA